AAACCAGAUCCGUUUUACCAUUCGAACUGUACAUGUUUGGGGCAUUGGGCAUUUACUUGAAGAGGAAGCGACAGAAGCAGACGUGAGAGGAGAGUUACAAAAAUAUCGCUGGAAAGGAGGGGGAGUCACAUAGGUACAACAUGUCCAAUGAGCUUGUCAUUGGCACACCUUUUUUUUGGGCGGAGUUUAUUUUUGACAUUCUUUUUUUUCGGUUUGUCUGGGUUAUUUGGAUUUGGAUUCCGGGGAGGUGUUUUUUUGGCUUGUUUUCGCUUCUUCAUUUUUUUCUCGUUCUCACGACAAUUUUGGAAGGCUUUUUCGGCAGUAGCAGCACCAACUGCUCAAGACGCAUAUAUUCUUCUUCCUCAUUUUUCGAUAUCGAUGUCGAUAAAUCUUGAAAUAUACCCUUUCACUAGCGUCACAAGAACGCAUCUUUCUACCUCAUGCUCCAAUUUCGCCUUUUCGGUGCGCGCAACAUCAAGGUUGGGAACAUGCGACAACUCUUCGUCGAAAUUGAAAUGAUCAAAUCCGUCAAAACAGAAAUAAACCAUUG